AUGCGUCUCCACCUCAUUAUUCAACGCCACGGUCUACCCGUAACGCGCAUUCUGUGGACGACGGCAUCGCCGUCUCUAUACGGUCAGAAUACAUCGACUGCUCUCCCCGCGUUUGCUUCAGCUAUUACCUCUUCACGCGCGCCUAAUGCGCUCUAUGCGAAUGGUGGCUAUACUAUUGCUCAGCUCCUGGAAGAUGUCAAUGAGGUUGUUCCUCUGGAGACGGAGCCGGCACUGUUUGACAGUGAGUUCAGUGGGCAAUGGGGACUUGAAGACUAUGUAGUUGAAGUUGGGGGCUCCGAGUGUCUACAUUUCAUGGAGGUGGAAGGUCUUUUAAGAGAUGGCGACGAAAUCUUGAUUCGCGCACUACAAAUAUCCGACUUACGGGCUAGGCGACUGACCGGGCGGCAUCAAAUCUCGACCGAUGGCAAACACCUCAUAGACGGUGUCCCCUUUGGAAAACCUUUUCUGAAACGACCGGUCUCUUCAAGACCUGCAAUCACGAUCCCUCCACGUAAGAGAAGACGUACUACAUUUGCGACACAAGACAAUGUAGUCGGGUAUCACGAGGAGGAUACUGAGUGGGCUCUUCCGCGAAUUCGCUCUUUCAAAGAACUUUCUACUCUCAGAGGCGUUGAUGAGCCUGAAACUGGUAUUAUGGAUGGCAAUGUGGAGUAUAAUGACGAUGAGGACGAGGAUGAAUAUGAGGACUAUCAUGAGAGCCACGAGGAUGCUGGCAACGGUACCGUUAUUCGCCAUCACGUAGAUAACACUGAAGAUGCCGAAGCAUCAGAGAGUGGUGCAGAUGCAUCUGACAUCGAUGCUAGAGACUUGGAAGAUGAGUUAAAGGAUCUAAAGGAGGAUUUGGAUAUCUCAGCCAUGCCAGAAACCGAGCCGACGGAUGAUGAACAACAUGAGACUGAACGCAGAGGCUAUGCGUUGCGCUCAAGGCUGAGUACCUCGCAUGCAGCACCAAUUAGGGGUUCAGUGGCACAGGCCAUUCAGGCUUCCCCAGAUGGAAGGUCCUCCCGAAGGGAUUCAAAAUCGGUUAGGUUCAGUCAGCAAAAAGAGGAAUCGCCGAUGCUUCCUUCCCAAGAAUCUUUGAUAAUCAAAGCACCGUCAGUUUCGGAAUCAAGCUCCAAUUCAAGCGACAGUGCCAGCAGCUCUUCUGUGAGUGACUCUAGUGACACAGAUUCGGGUGGGGACUCGAGUUCUUCAGACGAUUCCUCCGAAUCAAGUGAUGAUUCUAGCUCCGAUUCAAGCAUUUCAACUUCAGAGUCGGAGGACGAAGAGAUAUCAACCGCCCCACUCGUGGCCAACCCUCCUGGCCAUGGCUCCGUAAGAACGAAGAAGAGCAAUCAACGCAACAAAAUGCGACGAAGACUGUCAAAGUUGAAGGAGCUUGGUGCGUUGCCCGCGGAGGCAGAUUUUGCUGCUCUGCGAGACUGGGAGGACAAGAAUAAAGGUCAGCGUUUUAUGCCUGAAAACUCAGGUUCUAAUAAAGGCCCUGAGUUGGACGAAUUCGAGGAAAGACGGCAAAAGCUGCUUCGUGAUAUUGACUCAGGGGGCAUCGACAUCAACGACGGCACAUUUUCCCCUCUAAAGCCGGCCGAGGAAAGCAACCAGUCGCAGCCUAAAGAGCUUGCAAAGAAGCACGAAGCUGCUAUAGAGGAGGCCGGCGAAGUCGGCCCAGAGCCAAAACGACGAACCCUAGAUGUUGCAAGCUCCCGAAGGUUACUCUUCGGCUCCCUUGGUGUUAGAACGCCGCGGACCAAAGAAGACGAGGAAGCUACUCGGAAGAAGCUCGCGGGGAAGGCGAAUAAUUUCGUCUCUCAGAAGAAAUUGUCUGAUGAGCCUACUGGUGCUCCUGAAAGUGACUUGGACGAGGACUGGGAAAAUAAACUUGUAAUUAGAGCUACUGAGUGCGUUUAUGAUGACAUUCAACUGACGGCACCUCCUUUCCCUUUCGAGCAGCGUUGGGAUUACGAAGCUGGUGACCUCAUAAGACAACGCAAGGGCUUAGGAAAGAAGAGGAAAAGGCGCCAGCAACUCCAAGUCUACGAUGGGGAAGAAGAUGAUUAUGGGGGUGGUGAGAACAGUUUUGUCGACGGUGAUCUGCAAGCCAACUACGAUGACUCGGAACUAUACAGCGAGGCAAACAAUCAUGAAGCUGCGCAGACUGCAGAGGAAAAUUCACGUGAUCUGCCUUCAGUCCCUAGUGACCCAAGCUCUCUUCGCGACCUUGUUGAAGACGACUUGAAAUGUGGAUGCGUACUUGCUUUUAAACAAUUGGAAGUGUCUAAAGCCACAAACUGGCAACCUACCGUGACCGAUUUUCGAGUUGCGGAGAUAUAUGACGUGUAUGAUGAUAAGACCCUCAAUCUCCGACUGGCGAAGCGAGACCGCAGACAGGUCAAAGAAAUAGAAGUUGAGGAAGAUGGACCUCAGUACAGUGGGUUUGAAAUGCCGGGCUAUGAAGACGAAGGUGAAGAUGACGGCUUCAGAGAGAUGUCCUUUGCCGAUCUUAUUGACCCGAAGCUUCUUCGGCCUGCAGAACCUGAGAAGACUAAGCAGACCAGCAACUCCCCAGAGUUAUUUCUGCGAAACCCCAGUCCGGCUACAAGCCAACCUGGGGCGUCCGGCGGGCUUGCAGGUUAUGAACAGACAAUCAAGGAAUCUGGCAAGCGGCUCAACAAACUGGCUCACGAGGUAUCUACAAGCAGUACGACUGAUGGCAUACAUGCCUCUGCGCGAGAUGCCAGUCCUGAGAUCAGGUCACCGAGGUUUGAUGGGUUCCAGUCCUCUAGCCCAACAUCAGGGCAACUGCUGAAGGAUAGCUUAGUCCAUGAGGCGUCAUCCGCUACAGAUCGGAAAGCGAAUGAUUCUGACAGCAGUCGCUCCGACCCUCACUCGCUUCCGGGCAAAGAUGUUCAGUCUAUGUCCCACUCAUCUCCGCCUCCCAUUUUUCCUGAUAAUUUCUCGUCGUUACCCCCAUCGGACGACGAUCUGCAGAUGCUUAGCACCCCAGGGAGUGGAGUUUCGUUCAGCCGCCUGAUGGACCAGCUGUUCGAUGGCGACGAAGAGACAAGUAACUCCCCUCCGGUCAAGAGGGAAGUGAGUCAACUCCCGGAAAGACCGGAGUCUCGGUCAUCGACUGAUUCCGUCGUUCCCAAUCCGUUUUACAAAAUCGACAAAGCCCGCGAAACCCGACGUCGACGUAGUUCUCAGAAGCAGAUAUCUAGCACUAAGGAAGGAGACACAACAAUGGAUUAUGUGUCGGCAGUAGAAUUCCCUUCUUCAUCUCCACGCCGGUCAGCGAGGGUGAGGAAAAGGAAGUCUUACCCGUCGCAAGAUGAUUCAUUGGUCAGCGCCCCCAUGGGCGGUGUUCCACGGGACAAGCAGAAGAUCCCAGGCGCUCAGGACUCCCCGGCGUCCCACGAAAUAAUCGACUUGACUCAAUCCAGCCCUGCACGGUCUGCCGGAGGCAAUGACCAGGAUUUUGCUCGGACCCGUCGGCUUUCUCGAGACCCAGGAUGGGUGCACAAGAAUAUCCCCAGCACCCGCAGACAAACCUGGUUGUCAUCAGCGGGGCCAAAAGUAGAGGCCAUGAAAGAGGUCAGCAUCAGUCCAUCGCCCCGGCGGGAGAAAAAGCGCAGGCCAAAAUCCUAAGCGAAUGACGGCUUGAUCUUUCCUUCUUGGUUGGUGCCCUCUUGCGCCAUGAGGGGCUAGUGCUAGUGUCCAGCAUUGAUGGUUCUGGACCCCCAAAGGCUUGUAUCAGUAUAUGUAUGUGUGUAUGUGUGUGUUUAUGGUAUGGUACAUAUGAAGAGAUAUCCUGUGUAUAGCUUACGUUAGUGAAAAGGAUGGAAGGGAUGACGUUGAUGACGUCUGACAAAACCUGGUCGUUG